AAAUGUAUUUUUGUUUGUGAUUGUGAAUGUACACUCGCCACCCACGUCAAAACAUUGGAUGGAAUUGAAGUGACGUUUACACAUUUUUAUGUCGGUGCUGUAAAUUUGCGAAAAAAUCGCCACGCAGCAUGGGAGAUGCAUCGGUUUCUGACGCGGAGUCCAAUAAGCCUAGCCCUGGAGGCGAGGGUCCGCCCGAACAGGACCGGCGUCCUUUCGGUGAUUUGGAGUUCCAAGUUUCUGAGGUAGUAGGCCGUCUGGAGGCGGGAGUCAACGCUCAGGAUGUCCAGGAAGAGGAGAAAAGACCGGAGCCGCGAAAGAUCAGCGCUGGUUUCUUUGAACCGGAGGAAACGUCAAUGGAUGCUAUUUUGAAGGUUUUGGAAGACUUGGUGUUGAAGACUGACCCUAGUUGUGAGAGUGUGGAGCCGCCGCUGUUGCCGACGGACGCUGUGACGCGGGCUGCUAUACUGUCGCAUAGUAUAUCGGCUUUGUUUGGAAGGUUGGAGAGGAGUCACGCCGCAAGACUUGGCGCUCACAUUGCUAGUGAGACUACAAGAUGGAUGGCGCAUAUGUUUAGGCUAGCUGACUACAAUGCAUAUUACCAUCAGGAGCAACUAGAAGGUCUCGUCAGAGUCACACGAAUGCUGCUGCACCACAGAUAUCCAAGAUACUUGGAAGAUGGAGCAAUCGCGUUCACAAACCGUCUACCAUGCAUAUACAGCUGUGUGGCCAGUCCGUUAGGCGUGGUGCAACAUCUCUGCAGACAGCUGGGUCUACCUCUAGCAUGCGUCAGACCAGUGCCUGUACAUCCUUCAGGUCGAGGCAUGGACAUAGAAGCACUAGAAAAGCUUUACGAUGAAGAUAUAGCAGCAAACAGGACGCCCCUCUUAGUGUUGGGGGAAGUGGGGGCUCCCCCCCUCGGUUGGGGGACUCCCCUAGCGUUGUUGGGGCAGAUGUGCUCCCAGAGGAACUUGCAUUUACACGUUAGGGGACAUGCGCUUGCGCUGCCGGGUGCUACGGGAAGGGAUGAGUCAUUCAGCAUACCAGAUUCAGUGACGCUCACACCGGGACCAUGGUUUGGCGUACCUGGACUUCCUACUGUUACAUUCUACAGAAUACCUGAACCAAUCACAGUCAACGACCAAUCGAAAGCAGUGAGCGCUGUGGGUAGCAGAGAAGGUGCCUUAGCAGCUCUAGCAGGUCUAACAGGCGGUGGUGCCAGAUUACCAGCCCUACCGUUAUGGACGUGUGUCCGUGCGGCCGGCGCCCGCGCGCUGCAGGCUCGACUGACGGCCGCAUUCAGGUCCGCUAGGGCACUGCAUGCUGUGGUCGCUAGCGCUGGACUGAGACUGCUGAGUGAACGACCAGGCGGCGACGAGCCACCAAACGUAGGAAUAGUGGAAGCAGUGAGCCACGCGUCGGCAUGCGUAGCGUUUCAGUUCGCGCCCCCCGGCACUGAGAAACCUCCGCCGUAUUAUGAUAAACUCAACUCUUGGCUCGGACAAGUAUUGCAGAGAGAGGCUGAAAUGAUAAGCAUAGAAGUAUGCGAGACUGAAGCUCAAGGCGUGGUCCUGCGCUACUGCCCGCUAGAGGGCGCGGGCGGCGCGGGCGGCGACGGCGCCGUGGCGUCGUGGGCCGCGCUGUUAGACGCACAGCUGCAUGUGCUGCAUGCUACCGUGGCGUUGAGGGAACCUUUCCAAGCUAGGGUCGCUGUACAUUCCAGCUUGGCUCUCGUACAUGUGCCGGGAUGGGCAGGUCUGGGCGGAGUUCGAUACAUCCCCCCCGGCUGGGAGGGGGCGUCCACAGAUGAGCUGAACUCUCUGAACAGACAGCUGGUGGAGACGCUCAGAGCUACUGACGGCGCCUUCUCUUGCGGGGAUGGGGAAGACGGGAUGGCUUGCGUCAGGUUCGGUAUGGUGACGGAAGAUACAGAUGUGGACGAACUGCUGGACCUGGUAAUAUCGGCCGGCAAGGAGGUCGAGGAGAGCAGCCGAGCGCUCACCAACAUGACUGAGGUCUUGAAGAAGGGCAUCGAAGAAGCCCAAGCGGACAUCGAGCGCGAGAACGCGGAGCGGCUGUGGCAGGAGGGACUGCUGCGUCGCGUGCCAGUAGUGGGGCGAGUCGUGCAGUGGUGGGCCCCCGCCGCCCCCCCGCCGCCCCCCGGCCGCCGCCUGCUGCUCGCGCACGGCGCGCUGCAGACCACGGCCGACGUGUACAGGAACGUCCAAAACAAAAACAACACAGAGCCCGCGCGAGCGCACUCGCCAACAAGACAAACGCCCGACGCACAAUAGCGGUCCCAGUAAGUUUUGUAAUGUAUACGCUACGCCAAUAUUGGCCCAACAUGUCGACUGUAUGCCGGCUAUAUGACCACGUACGUAUGCCGAAAGUUUGGUUCAACUGUCGACCAAUGUCCAAUGUUUGCACCAAGGUUGCUCGACGUAACUCUGCAAUGAUAAACUACAACUGCAAUCUAACACUAACUCAGCAGUCAGUUAAACUGAUGUCAUACCAAAGAUUGCUUAAUAUUUAAAAGAACUUAGGAAAUUAAUUAAAAUCUUUUAUUUAUAUUGACUAAUUGUAUUGUAAAUCGCUACAGAUCUCAAAAUUACACAAAAGUAUUUCGUAGUUUUUUUUGACGCGUUGCAGAGUUAAGUUCAGCCAGUAUUAAAACUAUUGAUCGGCUAAAGCCAAAACGUGUUCAGUCAUUCAAAUUCAAAAUUACGGCAUGAAAAUAUUAAUUUAAAAUUCGAACUUAUUAAUAUGUAGACUAGAUUUAAUGAAGUAGCAGUAAUAUAAGGGCAGUUACACGCAUGUAUAAAGCCUUAGUAAUAUUGAUCUGUAACUUAAAAAGUUUUUAUUUAAUAGGUUGGGGCGUAUUAACUGAUAUAAAAGUAUCGAUAUAUCGACUUUAAAGAAGAGAAUGAAAUACAGCCCAAUCUAUUGAAGUAUUAGUGUUAUGUUAGUCACCGAUUUAUUUCCAGGAUUAAAAUAAAAUACCUUGCCUUAUAGUGAAGGCUUAAUUUAUGAUCUUGAGCCAGAAAAUAAAAAUGACCACUAAAGCUGCGAUGAGUUUAAUAUGGUAUAACAAGUUCCAUGCCAAAUAUUUGUCUAAAUUCACUACAAAAUCCAACAUUCUAACCAACAUAAGGCAAUUUUUAUUUUCUGACGAAGCUCCAACCCGCUGUAAUAAAAUUGUAGCUUUUCUAUGAAUAGAGUUAAUAAAGUAAUGUACUUUAUGGAAAGUAUGACGACGGUCCAUUAGUUGAACAUAGGCUAAAAUUAAUGGCAAUAUUAGUAUGGUACAGAGGAAAUUAAAUUAUACUUAAAAUAAGUCUUUGAAGUUGCUCUAAGGUGCGGUUUGACUAAGGUGUAACAAUGCAUUUACGUACGAGUAAUUAACGGAUGCUAGAUAUGUGAGUCUCGUUUAGCUAUACGUACGCCGAGGCUCUACGUACUAAGUCAAUCGAUCACUAUUUAAUUAGAAAAUUACCCCACAGGUGCUCGGAGAAAAAAUAAUGAAACGGGAACUUGAGUAAAAAGUAAAAAAGUUUUGAAUAUUAAGAGUCUGUUUUGUGUACUCUAAAUGACACGCACUUAGAAGGUUGUCAUCGAAUUCGCACAAGUGAUGUCAGAGUCGAUAUUUUUUUAUCGACAAACCUGAUCUAUCGAUAAACAAUUAUUUUACAUUGAGCACUAUAUUGUACGAGGGACUAAUAUCGCAAUAUUUUAAAAUCGAAGGUAAAAUCUUAUCGUUCUAUUUUUAUGCACUGAAUUGUUCAACCAAAAAGUUCCAAACUGUUCACUCACCCGUACUAGUUUACAAAACCAUAAUCAAAGAUAUAAAAAAACAUGAUAGUCUAUGGUGCGAGUCAAUUUCAAAGCAGCUUCUAUAUGAAAGAUAAUAUAAUUUCCACAUCAUCGGUAUUUCAUAUAAAUAAGUUAUGCCUUCGAAAGUAAUUAUAAUUAAAUAAUAUUUUAAUAUCACAAUAGGUGUUUAAGAACUAGUAAAGUGUAAAAUUUAUUUUAUUUUAUGAAGAUAAUACACCAGUUGAACGGAAUCGCGUCAAAAUGAUGACAAUUUUGUUUAAAGCAAUGUUGCCAUGUUUUUACGUAUGGCAACCCCAUUUCUAUUUUAAAAAUAUUUUAGUAAGUGGUAUUUUUAAGCCAAUAUUAUACCAGUUAUUAUUUAUGUUCCUUAAAUAACAUUUUAAGUGGCCGCAAGUUUAAAAAUACUGCAGUUAAUACGGAAUAAUCGAACGUCUGACAUAAUUAUGUUUAAAUGUAUGCGAGAAUGUGAUUGAUGUGAUAUAAUUAAAGAUAAACAUUCAUUUAAUUUUAGUUGUCGAUUUAAAUAUAUACAUUUAAUUUGUAUUAUGAUAAUUAUACUUACUUAACAUGUAGAAAGUAACCCAGUAAUAAAAUAUAAAUAAUAUUAUUCCACACAACGCACAUAAGUUAUAUUGCCAUAUUAAAUAUAGUAAGGAUUAAAGCUUCAUAUUAUGUUGUCAAAAAUAUCCAGGGAGCAUUCUUGACAAACUGUCAAGUCCGCCGUUCAAUCACAAGUCAGGAAUCAAGACACCGAAUAAAAAAAACGACUAAAAUAAAUUCAUUUUAGAAAACUAGUAACUUAAUUCUGUAUCGUUUCACCAUUUUUUUUUAUUUUGUUCACAAAAUGAUAAAAAUGAGAAUACUAAUUCAGCGAACGGACUUUUCAAGCAUGUAAAGCCACAUUAUUAAACUCAAAAGAUAUCCUUAUUUAGGUACAAUUUAUUUAUUCUAUUACGCAUUUUCAUUUGAAAUAUUAACUUGUAGGCAUCUUAAUAGGCGAUGACUGAUUUGUUUUGAUAAAUCAACAAUAUACCAUUGAAUGGUUAGAAUGUAUAAAAAGCUGGUCCUAUAAUUUGGCCCAACAUUGUCAUAUCGGGAAUGUAUUGGCCCCAACUCUCUACGCCAAGGUUCGCUGUAGGCCAAUUGUGUUGGUUAUUUCAGUCCUGUGAACCAACACUUGCAAUCUGUACGCUUGGGUGCAUAUAUUGGCCACCAACAUAUGGACUAGUGUGCAUUGUAAAUGCAUGUAUCUCCUGCAUACGCCAAGUUAUCAUUCCAAUCAGUUUGUGAACUGAUGUAUAAGUUUUAUUUAUUUACUUAUUAUUGCAAUUUGAUCUUAUAUUUUCAAUUAUUUUAAUCUGGUUGUUAACUGAAGUUUAAUGCAAGUGUGAAUAAAGUGAAUAAAGGUAUUAUAACUCGGUAAAACGACGUUGUUGAAUCGUUUAAGACUCGCGAAAUGAAAAGGAUUCACUCACUCGCAUAAAACAUCAGCACAGUUCAUACAAAAAUAAUACGUAUUACGGUGAUAAUAAUGAUUAUUUUGGUACAAAUAUUAUGUUAUUAUGUAUAUUAUUUACUUAGUUUUAAUGUGUAAGUAUCUUCCAAAGUUAAUUGUUUUUAUUGGGACACUUAAAUACAAAUUGAGAAUCAUCAGCUAUGAUGUUGAAUCUAGAUAGAACAUCCUCUUCGUUUUGUGCUGUUUCUAUCUUUUGACCAACAUAUGUAUGAAGAUACAAAGUAGUUAUUGCUUUUAAUUUAUGUAUUCUGAGAUGUCCAAAUAAAAUCAAUAAAAGAUACAUUAAGCUAUUAUUAAGAUGUGAAGUUAUGAUUCAAUUAUCCUGUAAAAUUAAUUAAAUAAGUUAUUGAGUGAUAAAAAAUAAAAUUAUACAUUGUU